AAGAUAUUUUUAUUUAGGAAUUGUCACAAAAUGUCAAAAAGACAGAAAACUAUUUCGGCCGAUGAGAAAAAGGCUCUUCUGUUGGAGAUCUUUCAUGAAACAAAAGAAUUUUAUCAGCUGAAGGACCUCGAAAAAAUUGCCGUCCGAAGUAAAGGCUUGAAAGAGCAAACCGUAAAAGAUAUACUCAGUAGUCUGGUUGACGCAGGAUCGGUGGAAUCCGAUAGGAUCGGUACAUCUCAUUAUUAUUGGUCAUUUCCCAACAAAAAACGACGUUCGAAACAAAAUGAACUUGAAGAAUUACAGGAAAAACUUAGGACUGCUGAAAGUCGGUUGGAAAUACUUAGAACAGAUCUCAAGAACAAAAAGGCUAGCCAGGAGGAGUCGAGUAGCAGUAUCGCCAUUUUCGAAAAGUUACGAAAUUUAAAGUCCAAGGAAGCUGCAUUGCAGAAUGCACUGAAGCCUUUGCUGAACAACGACAAAAAGAAGUUGGAAAAUAUGAGAAUGUCACUUCCGAAGCUACACGAGGCUGCCAAUCGCUGGACGGACAACAUUUUUUCAAUAAAAUCAUGGUGCAAGAGUCGGUUUAACAUUGAAGAGAAAUUGAUAGACAAACAAUUUCAGAUUCCGGCCGAUCUAGACUAUUUAGAUUAAACAAAAGCUACUUACCAUUCAA